CUUCUUUCUUUUCGGCCUGUGGACGCCAUCUUGAAGGUACCCGCUGCAGUUGGGCUGCUCUUUUUUUCCGUCGGGCCCCGUGAUCUGUCAAGAUGACAAACACAAAGGGAAAGAGGAGAGGGACACGUUAUAUGUUCUCAAGACCCUUUCGCAAACAUGGUGUUGUCCCUCUUGCUACCUACAUGCGAAUCUAUAAGAAGGGUGAUAUUGUUGAUAUUAAGGGCACAGGAACAGUUCAAAAAGGCAUGCCCCACAAAUGUUACCAUGGCAAGACUGGAAGAGUAUAUAACAUUACUCAGCAUGCUGUGGGCAUUAUUGUGAACAAGAAGGUUAAAGGCAAGAUCCUUGCUAAGAGAAUCAACGUGCGCAUUGAACACAUUAAGCAUUCUAAGAGCAGAGACAGUUUUUUGCAGCGUGUGAAGGAAAAUGAAAGGAAGAAAAAUGAAGCAAAGGAAAAGGGCACUUGGUUUGAGUUAAAACGCCAGCCUGCACCUCCAAGAGAAGCUCACUUUGUUAGAACCAAUAACAAAGAGCCAGAGUUGCUGGAACCAAUUCCUUAUGAAUUCAUGGCAUAGUCUGUAUGAACAAAAUAAAAUAACAUGAAAAGAAUUGAA